AUGGCCUUCUUGCCGAUUCCAUUAUUGGCCUUGUUGACAGUUCCGGUUUUCUACCUGCUAUCAUGGGUGCACCAUUGGCUUCAAGAUAGGGGGAAGCUGCCAUUGCCUCCGAAACCACCAGGCUUGCCACUACUGGGAAACGCGGUCGAUGUUAUCAGAUCCGGAAAGACGGGCUCCCUACACCUACUUUUCGGCCAGUAUGCUUGCGACCACGGCGAGAUCGUUCGUUUGCAAGUUGGGCCCUUUACUCAGUACUUCAUCAAUAGUGACGAAGCUGUCAAAGCUAUCUUCGAUAAAGCAUCUGCCACGACAUCGGAGCGUCCACGUUGGAUCGUUAGCAACGAACAGAUAUGCAAUCAAGAGAACGUGCUUCUGUUAAGUGCCAGCCAUCCAAGGUGGAAACACCAGAGGAAGGUGAUCUUGCAAGGUAUGACCAGUGUCACGCGCGCCGAUGCUGGUCUCGACUACCUGCAUUUUGAAACUGCAAAGUUUCUGAAGCAAGUCGCCGGUGAUGACAAUCUAGCCGGUAACAGUGUUCAGCUCUUCAACGAAAUUGGCCGGUAUACGUACAGCGCAUUCGCCAGUCAAACAUUCGGCAUGGAUAUCCCAGACGAGAAAGAUCCAGUGAUUGAAUACAUCUUCCGCAGCGGAUUAGAACAGAUCUUAGGAACACUUUCUGGAUCUCACCUUGUCGAUAUACUCCCAAUAUUGGACGGAUUGCCCCUUUUUCUCAAGCCCUGGGAGAAAAAGGCAAGAGCACUCUUUCAAGAUAACAUGAAAUGGUCCAUCGAGCGCCUGCAGCGAGUUGAAAAGGCCAUUAAGGCAGGCAGAGUCAACGAUUCUUUCUUAGCUCGUGUGUUGCAGGAUGAGAAGAACAUGGGAUUUGAAGACCGAUCUGAGGCCGCUUACCUAGCUUUCAUGCUCAUUAUCGGCGCUGCAGAUACUUCGAAAAUGUCAUCAUGGUCUUUUCUCGAGGCCAUGAUGCGAUUUCCCGCUGUUCAGGCCGAGGCACUCAGCAAGAUCGAAGCUGUAGUUGGAGUUGCAGACCGCCUGCCAAUCUACGAAGACCUCGAGUCGAUCCCUUACGUGCGCUACCUGAUGAAGGAGCUCUGGCGUUGGCGCCCACCUGUUGCACUCGGCCAUCCACACAUGACUACCAAGGAGCUGAGUUACAAUGGCGUCCGUCUGCCUGCCGGCUCUCGUAUCCAUCUCAACUCGUGGGCCAUUGGGCAUGACCCGGGCCGACAUGUCGACCCAGAUCGCUUCUGGCCUGAGCGAUACGAGGGAGACUUGACGAAUAGCGAGCAAAGCAAGAAUUCUGCUAACGUUAAAGACCGCGAUCACUUCGCUUUCGGAUCCGGGCGGCGUAUCUGUCCCGGGUAUCAUGUCGCCGAACGUUCACUGGCAAUUGCGAUCAUGCGUCUAGUGUGGGCGUUUGAGAUUGUGCCAGCGCCAAACGCCAAGUUGCCACUCGACCCGAAGGAUUUCCCUGGAGAUAUGCCAGGAAAUCCAGGAGAGCACAUGCCUGUCAUGUUGAAGGUUCGUAGUGAGGCGAAGAGAAAGAUCAUUGAAAAGGAGUACGCGAAAGCAGAAGCUGCACAUCCUGCGAUGGAGCCUUUGAACCAUGAUGGAUGGUCUUGGAAGUUCUGA